GACACCCAUGACAUCGUGAAGCCGACGACUCCAAUUCAUCCACCAACCAUCCAUCAGCAGAAUCGCCCUCUUUGUCGGCAGGCAUUCUCGUUUUCACGUCUUUGACCUUGCGCUUCAUCCGCAAUCGAUUCCUUUGCUCGUUGGCCUGCAUUCUUCGACAUCUUGUUCCAGAAGCUUCGAGUUAGACUUCUGCGGCAUCAACCCACGACUGAGUCUGUGCUGUUCGGCUCGCAUCGACGAAUCACCUUAAUACAAUAAUCACUUUCCCCUCCUUCUACCCUUCUCAACCUUCAAUCGCUCAAGAUGGUUACUCUCACCGAGGUCGAGGACGAGCACUUCCAGCACGCUCAGGCUGGCCCUGAUAUCGAGGACGACGAUGAGGAUUACACCGAUACUGAUUCCGAGAUCUCCAACGACUCCGACUACGAUCCUUCAGAAGAGACCCUCGCCGAGCGGUUAUACGCACUGCGCGAUAUCGUACCCCCCACCACUCGCUCUUGGUUCUCCAGCAAGGCCAAUGCCAUCUCUAGCGCCACCUGGAGCGUCCUGUCCUUCAGCGGAAAGACCGCUUGGGUAGUCACCACCUCUGCUCUCUUCUUCGGUGUCCCCUUUGCCCUGUCCUUUGCCGAGGACCAGCAGCUCACUGCCAUGGAGCAAGAGUAUAACAUGCGACAGACAGGCGGCGAGCUCCUGACCGCCGGCGCCGAGCAAAACACUGCCGAGAAGGUUGGCGCCGCUCUUGACGGCAAGCCUAGCCAGCCUGCUCUGUAAAGCACUCCCCCUUGGAUAUUGGCAAACCUUGAUCAAGCGUCCUGGUGUGAGGACGCCCAGACCGGCGCCUCGAGAGCCUGCUGGCGCAGUCAUUAUCGGGCCAGAGAGUGGACCUCUUCGUGUACUAUAAAUGGGAAUGGCGCAAACAGCCGAUGGGGCCCUUGAUGAAUGACAGACAAAUGGGUUGAACCGGGACGGGACCAUGUGCGGACGCAUAUGGCAUUGCGGCGUACCAAUGAUGUAAAGUAUAGGGCUGGGGAGGGCGAAUAAUGGCUGCGAUCUCAUCUCCUGUAGGGGCGGGCUCACAUGUAUUUUGUGAUACUCGACCUAUUAUUCAUUUACGACAUUUAUGUG